CUACAUAGACGUACGUCUGAGCAAGCUGGUGGCCAUGAUCGAGCUCAACCGCAUCAUUAUCGAUAUCGGCAAAGCUUCAAGUUUGUGGUGGCCGGGCAUAAGCGCCCGCGUGUAUAUUGAACACGGUGGCCACGAACGGGACGUUCGGAAUCGUAGCUGCGCUCAUGUCGCUGCGCAGCUCUGAGAUCGCCUCUUUCACUUUACCGUCGCUUGACUCUCCAGACAAGAAGCAUGGUCUACUGCCUCCAUACAAUCAACCUCCCUUCAAGCGCGGGCGGUUGACCGACGAAGCAAUUGAACGCGUCUCUAUCACGAAACCACUGCCGAGACUUCAUCGCAGUUUGAUUCCAGACUUGAAUGAAAUAUGGAAGCCUCCCGUUCUCUUAUACGGCUGGUCGAUCGGCGACCUCCGAGUCUUGCCCAUGCUCCUCGAAUACGCCGAAGAACAUCAACUCUUGGUCUACGGCGGUGGCUCCACAAAACCUCCCUUGCGUUCUGGGGACUCUGAGGACGGCGACAGCGACGUGGAGAGUGUGCACUGGGGCGACACGGACGAAGAAGACGAUGAGGAGGAAGAGGAGCGAUACGUCGAGAAGUACAGCUCUGCGCAGUGCGCUUUGUAUGCCAUCGCGAUUGAAACCAGCGUCGACAUGCGCCAUCUAUCCAUCAGUAGGCAGCCGUUCAGGGUCCGGUACGCGCUGCACUAUCCACACGAGAUGGUGAUAUGCAUCUACUCAAACUACGAGCUGGGCCGGACAAUCUCUCAUGCCGACAUCGAGAAGAUGCAGAAGCGACUCGAGAUUCAGGAGGCGCCUGCGUGGUACGUGAGCGGUCUAGAAUCAGCGUGGAGUAGGACCACUCCCAGGCGUUGACCGUGCUCAAGUUGUCCAACCCCUGCUUUAUUGGUGACUCGUUUUGUAAUGCCGCGAUUCUGGGUCGCGCCCGGGUUGCAUGGAGUUGGACGAAC